UUUAAUUAUGAUGAAUUGUUUUCUGCUAUUGUAUUAACGUCACACAUGUUGUAAGCGACGCUUACUAUAAAUCAAGUGAUGGAACAAAAAACAUGUUUAAAGCCCACACCUCACAUCUGCCAUGUAUAACGGAUUUGUGCGCACUUCCUGGAGACGCUUCGCUGCACUUAGCGCGUCUAAUUCUCGUUAUACACUUGUGACUCGCAAGUCCUCAAACCGAACAGUUUAUAGGAAGUGACUGAUUGACACCAACUGUGGGUGGGUGUGAUAAAAGGUAAAUAAUCCGCGUUUUUUUUCUGUCACAUGAUUGGUGAUAAACUGCUGUGUGGGUGAAAGCCUCAUGACUUUCGGCGGCGUUUCUGCUUUAUUUCCUCUCUGCUGUUGUCCAUCACGUUGAAAUGGAGUAUCAGCCUAUUAUGAAUCAACCGAGCACAACCUAUGGAGCGGCCAAUUCUGGUUAUGUUCCAGCAGCAACGGGGGGACCUGCUAUGUUCGCCCCACCCGCAGCUGAGUUCCAGGGCCCCAGCGCUCCUCCAGCUGGCAUGUUUGACAGCAUGCCUGGCUAUGAAGGAACAGUGGCAGGAGGAGGAGGUGGAUUUCUGCCACCUCCAAUGCCUGCUUACCCAGCUCCUCAGCCUCAACCUGGGUCUGAACAACCACAUUGGAAUAUUCCAUCUAUAACUAAAGAAACUGCCCGGGACGCGUUUGUCCUGUUUGCCUCCAGCAAGUGCUGCUACAGUUCAGCGCCAGCAAAGGAUGGUACAAUCACCAACAUGGAGGCAUUCAAUACGUACAGGUAUCGCCUGGAAACCUUUACUGAAUCAAGAUCUACAGAAUGGAGUCAUGAGCCGUACAGUGGCCAGCCAGUGGAUGCAUAUGCCCAAACACCUCCUGGGCCUUGGGAUAUUCCAGCUCAAUCAGCCAAUUUUUUUAUGGAUAACAAGCAGGUUAUCAAGGUUCCCUACACUUCUUCUAUGAAGAACUGCCAUGGUUGUAUGGGAAUGGGGCGAAAACCUUGCAAAGACUGUGCCGGUGCUGGUAAUAAAGUUUGUUGGGUGUGCAAUGGAUCUGGUUACCGCCAUGGAGAUGAUCGAUGCAGCCACUGCAAUGGCAGGGGGAGGGAAAAUUGCAUCCACUGUCAUGGACAAGGAUCAAAGCAAUGUGACACAUGUCAUGGAAAACAGCAGCUUCUGGUCUACAUCAAACUCACUGUGAAAUGGACCAACAACUCUGAUAACUAUGUUGUGGAACAGUCUAGUGGACUUCAGGUGGAUAACCUGAGCAAGGUGUCUGGCAAGGAGCUUUUCAGAGACUCUCAGUGCAUGGUAUACCCAUUGAUUGGCUUCCCAGACCCUGCAGUGGUGCAAGCUGCACAGCGUCUUGUCAGUGAGCACCAGGCCAAGUACUCCCAGACUUCACGCAUUCUACAACAGCGUCAAACCAUAGAGCUGAUCCCCGUAACCAAGGUGACCUACUCAUGGAAAGGGAAAUCACACAUUUAUUUUGUUUAUGGGAAUGAGUUCAAAGUUCAUACAGAUGACUAUCCUGCUACCUGUUGCUGUACUGUAAUGUAAUUGCAGCGGUUGUGUAUGAAGGUUUGUCCUAAUCCAAGCCAUUGGAUAUCCAAAUAAGUCAGUUUUACUCACCUACAGGUCAGUGUUGUUAAUUACUAAGGGAAUUGUCACAGUUUGAUGCUCAACAGAGUUAAACCGAGGCAUUUAACCUAUGAACCCACAGCAAGUCAGUAUGAGUGAUAAAGUUUCUUGAAAAAAUAGUCUUCAUGGCAACAUAUUAAGUAAUUUUUAUUGUUAAUUGCCAUUAUUAUUCUUGUAUGCAUAGCCUGACAUAAUAUAAACCAUAAUCACAUUAUAUUCCCUGAAUCCUGAAUAUUGUUGCUCUUCUUUAGCAGCUGUAACUUGUUAAUCAUCACUACAUCUACUUGUUACAGAAUAUUGUAUUUUUGCAACAGUUUUUUUAAUAUUAGUAAUAUGUAUUUGAACCUAAUCUGUUUUUUAAAUCAUUUUGACACACGUGUUUUUA